ACAAAUAUUUUUACUCAAAUCAAUAGGCCUACCUCAUGACUAAACUGUGUAAUAAUUGUGAGUUAAACUAUGUAGAUUCAAUGAAUCUGGAUGAAGAAGAUAUUAAGCAGUUUUUUAUUGAUCACGGGGUUAUUAAAACCCAAAUAAACUGUUUCAAAUGUAAUAAUGUAUUAAAAUUGAAAUCUGGAUGGGAGUUUAGGUGUCUUAAGACUGUGAGGAUCAAUAACAAGAAGGGUAAAAAGUGCAAUUGGAAACUGUCUGCUAGAGCAAAUACGUUUUAUAGCAAAGCAAGAAUAAAAUUACUUAAACUUUGGCAAUUAGUCAACCAUUUUAUGUUUCUGAAUCCAGCCCGUCAUAGGCAUAGGACUAUUGAAACAAACUUGAAGAGCGCUCGCAGAACCAUUUUGGAAUGGGCUAGUGUAAUUCGCGAGGUCCUGAUAAAUGAUUGUCUCAUUCAUUCAAAGAGAUUGGGUGGGCCAGGUGAAUUAGUUGACAUUGUCGCAGCCGAUUUUAAAAGGAAUAGGCCUAAAUACAAUCAGGUUAGGCGAGUGAAAAAGAACUUUGUCUUGGGGGGCAGUCAAAGAGGGACUAAAAAUACCUUUUUUAUACUCGUCCCUGAUAUUUCCAGAAAGAAACUAGUGCAACUAAUCAAGCGUUGGGUACUUCCUGGCACCACUGUUGUUACAAAUAGGCCUAGCUGGAAGUGGUGGUGCAAACUACAAGAAUACAGUUUUGAGCAUUUAAGUCUGUGAAUCACAGUGGGGAUUCCCCAAUUGAAGCAAAUGCAAGUGGUUGUGAUAUAGGCCUACAAGAUAUACCUUAUUGCCCGGAUAAGUCGAAAGAUCCUGCAGGCGACUUGGCCGAGUACCAAUUUAAGAAAAGGAAUCCAGAUAAAGAAAGACUGCAUGCUUUCUAUAAAGCAGCUGCCAGGUUAUACGAGCCCAAAUAACUUAUUAAAGUUUGGAAUUUUCUACGGAAGCGCAUUUGUAAUAACCAACGAGAUUGAAAAAUAUGAGAACAAAUUGAGGAUCAUUAAUGGAGAUUUUACAACUAUUGACCAAUACCCGAUUGAUGUGGCAUUUUUAAUAGCCAACAAUAUCUGGGGAGCUGGAGUAAUUGUUGGUAAAACCUGGGUGUUGACUACAGCAUUCAACUGUCUCUGGAUUGACCCUUCCUACAUCAGUAUCAGAGCUGGAAGUAGCAACUGGACAUCUCAAGGUUCUGUGAUCCUAGCAGAGAAAUGUAUCAUACAUCCUGAUUACGUACCAGGCACAUGGGCCAACAAUAUUGCCUUGGUGAAGUUGAAGAGUAACAUUAAGUUCAAUAACAAGUCAACAAAAAAGGGAUAUUACGGGCCAAAAACUACACUGAAAAUCUUUAAUGUAACAUACCCAGUCUCUGGAUGGGGUGUUCGUUCUUCUAACUAUACAAAGGAACAAAAUAUCCAAACAAUUGACCAGACUAUUCUGAGUGAUGAAGAUUGCAGCAAAUUCUACAACCUUACAGCUGCUGUCGGAAGCUUCUGUGCAUCCAAUGCAAAUGGAGGACCUUGUGUGUUUGACUUUGGUGCACCGCUAAGCAGGAAACUGACAGUAGUUGGUUUAUACCAAGGCUCCGUGGACUGCACUCAGCCAGAAACUUACCCUGCCCUUUAUGUGGAUGUGUUUUUUUACAAGGACUGGAUAAAAGAAACCAUAAGUAAGUGAAUGUUGCCAAAAAUACAACCAUCAUUUUGACUGUUUGUAAAUAAAACUAAUAUGUCUUUUUAAAA